AUGCUCUCGCCCAAAAGAACUCGGUCUCACUAUGCACUCUCGUCGCGGGAAGCAGCAAAAGGCAUCGCUUCUAGGAUUGUCUACAGUCAAUACUACGUGAUUAUCUAUGUUGCGCUCGCGGCUAUGGCCACUACGACUGUUGUGCUCAGUCUUACAGAUGGAUGUCCCGGAUUCGCGUUUUACAUUCUGGAAAUCAUCAUUAAUAUCGCAAUGAUUGCUGAAGUCUCGAUUCGUUUUGUCGCUUUUGGCAAACAAUUCUGGAAGUCGCCUUUCAAUGUUGUCGAUCUAGGACUAACGGUCCUUUGUGUCAUCACACUCAUCGUAAUAUUCUUUUCCGGCUGUAAUGAGCUCAGCAAGGAAGAAGAGCUCCUCGACACAUUCCUCCUGGUGGCACGAAACGUAUUGCAGUUUACUCGACUCGCUACAGUCAUGCGGAGGUCUGGUCGCUCCAUCUUCGCGCAACCAAAACCCAUCGAUCUCAAUGCUCCGAGGUCAAGUCGACUCGACAUUGACCUGUCCGACGAAGAGGCCGAGAUCGGUUACGGUCCCUCGAGUCGAAUUCGACGCCGAUACACCCUACAUUCGCGCACCAAUACCGCCACGAGCAGAAAAUGUAUGGGCUCGAUAGGAUUGCCAGAAGCCUGUAUCUCCAUCUAA